AUGGCCGAUACCCAAGUCGAAGCCGACAAUGACUCGUGGAGCUUCAAGAAAAAGGAGCUGCUGACAGAGCAGCCUGGUCUUGAGGUCGUCCCGCAAGAGCUUCUCGAGAGCAAGGAUCAUUUGGCACAAGCUCGCCCACCAGAGACCGCAAAAUACCCAGUCUCGCCAACGGUUUCGACUCGCGAUGCAAAAUUCAAGAUUGAGAGCGGCCUGAAGUCCGGAGAUUCCUCUCCUGAGCCCGUAAGCACCGACUUUCCCGAGGUGGCGGAUCCGCGACAGGUUGAGGCGGCCAAUCAAGCUAGGCACUCCUCACGACAGAGACGGAGGAGACUGAUCAUCAUCGGAAGCGUUGUCCUGGUCAUAAUUUGCGUCGGUGCGGUUCUGGGCGGGGUGUUGGGCAGCAGGGCCGCCAGUCAACGAGGGUCCAUUGGAGAGAAGGCAGCUACAACAACGGGCCCUGCGAGUCCAAGCAGCGCGGACAAGACGGCUCUUGGGUACCAAGCUAUUACGGAUCGCAGCUCCCUAGCCGUGACAGCGAGAAGAAGGCGAGAUGGAAGCACUGAGGGUUGGUUGUUCUACGAAGACCAGGGUGGUGAACCGCAGAUGCUCCGAUGGGAUACGAAGCGAGGAGGCAUGCUGAAGGCCACCAACGAGUUUACAAUAAAGGAGCCGGCCUCGUACCUAACUUCAAGGGCUACAGGGAUGGCUGCAACUACGAUUCUCCAAGGUCCUGAGGACAAUCCUAGGAUCCUUCUGCUCGUCAGCAAGAUAUUCGAGAGAGGAUUUCAAGCCGAUUCAGAUCCCAAUUUGCCAGGCAGAGGUUCGGUAGUGUUUGGUUAUGAACUGGACCGGGACGGUAAUCUCGGCAACGCAAGCCGCAUAGGGGAUCACGCACUGAUCGUCAACAAACAGGACUAUAUGGAGGCCCGCUUAUUGAGUGCAUCCAUUGUGACAGCUUACUGGCCUUGGAUUAUUCACUGGUCUGGAGGACCUCCUGCAUCUGGCCUGUCUGCGGUCGAUAACCCGGUUGUGAAGGUGAUAGAGGCGCGCAAUCAGAUGGGCGACAAUUUUGCGCAAGGACCAGAUUGGGCCUUCCGAAACUUGUCUAUAGGGGGAAAGGUAAAUACCAAGGUCUCAAUCGUUCCUCUCAGUGCCGACUUCAAGAAGUCAUCGGACCCCAACUAUGACAAGGAACCGCGAAACGGGUACGGCAUGUUCUACCACGAUCCAGACGACCGUCUCAAGUUCGUGCACCGAAGUUGGGGCACUGAGAGAUCGCCAGCAUUUUAUUUACCUGAGCUUCCCGAUAAGAGGCUCCCGACCGAUGAUCAACUAGGGAGAUCAGCCAUCUCGGCUUUUGCCGUGGCGAAGCGGCCGCCAGAAAAGAUCUCGACAAGAAUCCAGCAAGCCACUUUUACUAUGAUGAGUCCCACUGAGACCAUUAAUCUAGAAGUGGUGGCAUGGGCUGGGGGGAUGGGGACCCCACAACCAACGGCCCUCGUGGAUGCCGAGCUGCCUCCGAACAGCGUGGAUGUCGGCGUUGCCUACAUCAACCAAAAUCGACAGUUUGAGCUCCUGUUUAUGUCGACCAAUACCGGAUACAGUAACUGGUACACGAUCGAUACAGCGGAAGUCAACAAGCUGGCGCCACCAGAUCUCUUUACUGAUGUUGCCUGUCUCACCUUGGCAAGCGGCGCUGUUGGUGAAGAUGGGGAGGAGUGGUUGCUGCCACGGCAUCAGGAUGAGGAGGGGACCAUCGCUACGUGCUUUUACCAGAGCGGCUCCAAGGUGGUCAAGGUGAGGUGGAUUGGGGAAAUGUGGGACACCAAGUGGGAUGUUGAGUGGUUACCUAUUCCGACGGGGGAUUCUGGGUGA